GGAGUAAUCCGGGAAGACUAGUUUAGAAAUGCUCAAGAGUUAGUCGGCCAUUAAUUCAGAGUGGGACCAAACACUCACCUAACCCAGAAAAAAAGAUGACCUUACAUUACAACCCUUUACUUUGUUUUUUUUUUUUUCUUCUUCUUCUUCUUCCUCUUCCCAUCUCUUUUUCUUCUUCUUCUUUCUUUCUUUAAUUUCAAACAUUAUUUAUCAUUUCAUUUUGUUUUUUAAAGAAGACUUAUUCAAAGAAGAAGCUUUCAUUCAAACCCUUUUUAACUUUCUGCUUCUUCGACAUUUACUACCUACUACUAUUUGUAGAAGCAUCUGAUUUUCUUUCAAAAUCUCUUUUCUCUCUCUUCAGAUUACACGAACCCAACUUGCUCAAUCUCAUUAUUCAUACACACGAUUCACCAUACAAUUUUCUCAUGUUUCCUGCUCUUACCACCUUUUUCUUUCUCAAGAAUACCUUCUAAUACCACCCACUACUCUCUCUCCUCUUAUCUCAAAAUCUUGCGACGAUCAUCCAUGGCCAUAUGUAGAAGACCUCUUCUUCUACCGCUUCUGUUGUUUAUCUUACUGAUCUUCAUCUUCCUCCUGGGUCACUGCCAUGGCUCAAGAACCCUCAACACCAGCGUUUUCAAAGUGAAGCCAGCUCAUAAUACAGGCCACUUCUUGGGCUUCUUGCCCAGACACUUUCCCAUUCCAACUUCUGGUCCUUCAAGGAAGCACAACGAUAUUGGCUUACAGAGUUGGAGAUCAUCCCCAUGACCCCCCCACGCCAUAUAUUACUGAUCAUUAGAUUUUUGCUUUUUGGAACAUCGAUCAGACAGGUGACUUUGCUUUUUAAUUUUUCUUUUCCUGUUUAAACAGAAAUUAUCAAUGGAGGAAGUCUGGUGUACAUGGGAUUGUUGGG